AUGUGGUCAGAUGACAUGGAGCUAACCAGCUAUUCAUCGUUGUCUUUAUUGCUUGUUGAACCCUCAAUUUCCAAUAUUAUUCAAAACGUCAAUUGCUUGCCUUCCCCAGAUGCAAUUCCAAAUUGGCUGACUCCAUUUAAAUUAACCAACGAGAUUCCUCAAAGAACAAUCCAGAAUAAUGAUUCUCCCAAGGAAUACCUUAAAGAAGACUCAAUAGAGCUCUCAAUAGAAUUGGAAUAUCGGUGUCAAACUAAUUACCAAAUGCGUGCCGAUAUAGCCGUGUUUGCUUCUAUUAGACAAAAUGUUCCGGAUCAUUCUGGCCUCUGGAGUUACGUACAACCAUCCAUCCCAAAAUAG